AUGGCAACGAUCUCGGAAGACGAGCUAGCGCAGGCCUUCUUGGCCUCGCUCGUGCACGGCGGAGGCUCGGAAGCCGACCAGCAAGAGCAAGAGUACCUCGUCCGCGAGCUCAUGCCAUGCUUGAUCCCAGCGCUCAAGAGCCUCUUACGUGCGCACGAUGAUGCUCUCCGGCGCAAGUGCAACGGCGAACUCGUGCUGCCGAUCAAGCCCCUCGACUACUUGGCCAAGUAUCUCUAUCGGCACAACCCAAAGUUUGCCAAACCGUCGGACGAGACGCUCAUGCUGCAACGCCUCGCCGAGAAGCUCACACAAUAG